CUUUAGUAAGAAAAGGCACAGUUAAGAGAAAUAAUUGUAAUGCAAGGAAAAAGUAACAAUUCAUUCAUAAUAGUUUCCUUAACAAUUAAUACAUCCCUUUGUUAACUAUAUUUAUUGUUUAGUAUUGCUUGAUUCAAAUGUCAUUUGCGAGAAAUGAGGCGCCCCCCUUAGUGUCUUCCCUACACUGGAGCAACAUAAGCAAGGCGAAGCAUCCUCAUUGAGCUUUUUGAGCUUUAGGACUUACGCACGCCUUAAAUAAGCCUUUGAAGUUUGACCACACUGCUUAUGUCAUUCUUGGUGGUUAGCUUUAGCUGUAUCUCUUAUAAUUCAAUGGCUUCUCUAUUGAGUGUUAUACUUGAAUUGAUAUAAUAAUACAUGAGUUUUUACCGAUAUGUUUGACCUACCACGAAGGAAGGGUGUUAGAGGCACCUUUGUAGAAACACUAGCAUGCUGAAUGUGUAUCAUUAAACUUAAUAUGCUCAAUGUGGUAACCUUUUUUGAAUUUGUGAAGGAUUGAUUCUUGGGCCUUUUUGAUAUCUGAUGUACUUCUUUAUUUGGUUGUAACUUACAUGUGCAUUGAAAGAGAACAUGUAUUUGCUAAGUUUGGCAAUGGGGUAGAGCAGGACUGAGCUGAGGCUGGGCAAAGCAUAAAUAGUGAAGCGAAGAUGAGUUCUUAGGCGAAGGGGAUGGGGUGGAGCUGGUCAAAUACUCAAAUUCAUUUUCAAAAAAUAGUGGGGGAAUUGAUAAAGUUGGCUCUCUCAGUCUUUAAGCCUGAAUGCCAAAGUGAAAACUCAGUUUUGGGAGCCAUUGUUGCUGGUGUUACCUUCUGCAAAUCCAUUGUCUACAGCUUCCUCAAAGCCAUUCUUGAUGGUGUGAUUUCAGUUAUUCAUAGAGUUUCACACUCCACUCUGUUCAAUGAAGAGUGGUCUAUAACAGGUAUUGUUGGUGUUGCUGGUUGUGAUUUAUGGCGGCUGUGUUGCUGCAAGUAUGAAAAAUGGUGUGGGGUGGAUAUUGCAGCAGUUUGAUUUGCUUUUGAUUUUGGUGAAGACUGUGGCAUAGCUGCACGAUUUGUUUAGUUUUGCCGCUAGCCUGUUAAUGUGUUGCAAUUUACUGAAGCUGGACAAAUAAGCUCAAAUUGAAGGAUAUGCUUUCUACAUUCAGAAUCUGAAACCAUCCAAUGCUCUAACCUUGCUUCAGACUUCAGAGCAUUCUACUUAUGUUGUUUAAUCUGU